GUACGCCUCGACCGUGCUUCUUUCUUUCCUACCACCGCGAGCUCAACGUCCAACACGACGAGCUCGACGUUGUCCACGACGGUCUAGAACAAGGUUUUACGAAAUAAACAUAUUCCCAUUCACAACGAAUCCAGAUCUGAACCGCGCUGCGGUGAUUAGGGCGCGCUUGCCAUCUUAUCAAACUUCGCUUGGCUCGCUAGUUUGUUCAAAGUUUUUGUUGUGCAAUAUCACGAAGCUUGACUUGCUACAAUGGCUACUGCCACGCCUUCUCGCGAACGCAGCUCGACUUCACAGUCAACUUCUUCUCCGAUGUCUAUGAGACCUCAGGCAUCCUCUUCCAAUUCUUCAAUCGCUGCAUUGGGUUCAACCGCUAGCACCACUACAUACCCCAUUUCUCUCGAAACCCUUCUUGCAACACAUACCAGUGCACCAAAUCCAAUACUUGCCGCAUUGGAUCAGGUCCUAUCAGAACGAAAUGUUCUUUCAACUCAAAAUACACAGCUCUGGAAACUUAUUGAGAAGCAACGUGCCGGAUAUAACCAGGUGCUCAAGGAAAUCGAACGUGUCCGUAAUGAACGGGAUACCUACAAGGCUCGCUUACAGGCAGCAGGAAUGAGCACUGAGCUGGCAAAAAGGGACAAGGAGCGCGAGAAGGAAAAAGCUAGGAGUUUGAAGUCGUCAGGAUCCAACGCCACGAUGUCAAGUAUGUCUGUCAAUGGAUCUGCUGAUUUGCGGUCAAGGAUGGUUCGCAAUCAAUUAGAUUCUACAUCAUCACCGUGUCGUAGCGACGACCGUCCAGUUACUCCACCACGCCUCCCAGAAUUAAACACUCGUUACCCCAAUCCCGAAAUCCCUCAAACGCCUCAAACUCCAAUGUCUACGCGUCCACCAAACUCUCCUUUGGUCGUGCCUCCUCGAGGUACCUCAUUAGCAUCUUCUGCUCCUUCCUCCAGUACGACUACCUCGCCAGAAUCAACUUCACAAUCGAGCAUUGACCUGGAAAGGACUCCAGUGCCACGUCCAAACGACCCACGACCUCUUUCACAUCAGAAUUCUGCACUACCACCCCCAUCCCUUCAGCCUGCCCACCUGCCGCCUCCCGCUUCCCUUCGACCAGCUCAUCCUCCUACCACUACACUCCAUCCUGCUCCAUCCAUCAACACCCUCCUCCCCCCCUAUGGCUCAGCCAUAUCUCCCAACAAUAUCUCAUACACCGCAUCUCAGACAGGCUUGCUCAGCCCCGCUGUUGAUGGUUCACAGCACCCAUCACGGGAGUCUCGAGUUUCCGUCCCAGAUGAGGCCAAGCUCUACCUUGCCAGCAUGGGUGAGAGCCCAUUGCCAAGUCCAGCUAUCUGCCCACAUAUGGCUGGGUUUGGCGCUGGUCCAGAGUAUCAUACUGAUCAGGCGCCUCUUACCAAUAGUGUGCCCCGAAGGGAAUCUCCCACGAGUAUGCUGACAAAUGGGCAACGAAGUGAUGUGGGAGAAUUCCUGGAUAUGGAUGAUGAUGAUGAUGAAGAGAUAGCAAAGCACUCAAAAACGAAGAAUAAACCUCAUGCAGCAGUAGAAGAUUUUCCAAUGCCCCCCUCGCACAGCGCCAUCCAUAUUCCCUCCUCCCAUGUGCAGUCCUUGGAUCCUGCAUUAAUGCGUACGCCAACACAGGCGAACCCACAGCCAUCUACGGCGGUGGGCGCCCCAUCGCGAGCACACUGGCAAUCGCAGCGGGAGCUGGUACAGUCUGACAAUGCUUCUGUUGUUAUGCCUGAAUCUCCUCUACCUACAUCCUACUUGUCGCCUACAAAUGCGACUUCAUCAUCCGGUACUAGUGCAACUUUCCGUGCUCUUCCUCUCUUACCAGACGACCUCGUGACAACGCGAGUUGCUGUCUCGCACUCGUCUGUAAAACCGAAUGAUCGUGGGAAGGAAGUUUUAUCGUUCGUCAUUGAUGUGGACCCGGGAAGUGGUAAAGAGUCGUGGAAGGUGGAGAAACUGUAUUCAGAUGUGUUGGGGCUCGAUAAUCGAAUGCGAGCUAGCGUGGGGAAGGGUGUCGGGAAGAAAAUGGCGGUACUCCCAGAGGGGAAGAUCUGGAGGGACCAUGCACCUGCGAAGUCCGAUCAACGAAAGGUCGCACUCGAGGUGUAUCUCCAAUCACUAGUUGAUCUACCCGUGAAAAAUAAGGACGAAAUUAUCGCCUUCUUCACUUCGGACAUUGUUCGGGAAACCCAUAAGCCCGUUAUGCAGGCUGGAUACAAGGAAGGAUAUCUGACGAAGCGGGGGAAGAAUUUUGGUGGGUGGAAGUCGCGAUAUUUUGUCCUCCAGGGUCCGGUGUUAGAAUAUUACGAAAGUCGUGGAGGCGCCCAUCUUGGCUCGAUAGUGAUUACGUCCGCCCAGAUAGGGCGACAGCAGCGCACAGCUGAUAGUGACGAUGAGCGAAAUUAUCGUCAUGCCUUCCUCAUCAUCGAGGCAAAAAAAGCUCCAAAUGGAUCUCACUCACGCCAUGUCCUCUGUGCAGAAAGCGAUGUAGAGCGUGACAGCUGGGUUGACAUUCUUGUGCGGUAUGUAUCCGGAACGUUCAACGAGGAUCCUGCCACAUCCACUUCCGUUUCCCCAAGUCCGAUAUCCGUCAACGUCAAUGUUCCUUCUGGGCAGGGGCUUGGAUCUGGGCAGUCGAGAUCAAGCACAAGUUCCAAUCAAGAUGGUCCAUCGUUCACGCCUAACGGAAAGCGCUCCAUGCGGACAAUGUCCAAGGAUGAUAUCUCGCGUGGUGCCGCAGUACCCAUCAGCCAGCUUACGCAAGACGGGACCAACGCGAAACUCUUCCAGUCUGCGCCAAUUCCUGUGGUCACUGAGGACCCACGCCCACACUCUGCUAGUCCCACCAAGGGAAUCGACCCGUCAGCUCAGAACGAGCGAGACUAUUACACUGCGGAGGAGACAGCCCGGCGGAUUUUGGAGCGUGGGCAGCCUUCUGGGAGCUCAGAGCAGCUUUCAAACUCGUUGCCAUCCUCCUCGCCGCUAGCGGGAGCCAGUGGAAAUAUGGUAUCUUCCAGAGCGAACUCUGAGCUUGGGCACUAUUCGGACCUACAGCGUGGUGCUCAUCCCAAGCAGGAACCAUUUUCACAUGAGCAGAACAAGUCGAGAGAGCAGCGGCAUGACAAGAAGGCUGUCCAUCCAGGAUUAUCUGCUAUAACUAGUCCGACGGCGGCGACCUUUGGUGACCGUGCACCAUCGCCCGAAGUCAGCGCUACACCUUCAAAAGGUGGUGAUCGCGCCAAGAUAUCUGCUCCGAUGAACGGGGCGCCUAUACCAGCGGGAUACAAGUUUGGCAGCAAGGAUGUUCCUUUGGAGAGUUCUGCAUCUUCGAAUGACAGACGAGAGAAGGCGAAGUCACGGUCCUUCUGGAAUUUUGGACGACCUGUGGACAAGCCGAUAACUCAUGUUCCCAGAGCUAUCUUUGGCGUACCACUCGAAGAGUCUAUUGAGGUCGCAGAGAUCGCUCGUCUGCCUGCAGUAAUUUUUAGGUGCAUCCAGUAUCUGGAAGCAAAGAAAGCAGACCAAGAAGAGGGCAUAUACCGUCUCAGCGGGAGCUCAGCUGUUAUUAAAGGUCUGAAAGACCGCUUCAAUGCUGAGGGGGACGUGGAUCUCCUUGCAUCGGAUGAAUAUUGGGAUCCUCACGCCAUCGCUGGGCUCUUGAAGAGUUUUCUGCGGGACCUACCUGCCAGUAUACUGACACGCGAGUUGCAUCUGAAGUUCCUGGCAGUGAUAGACUUCGUCGACGCACAGGAACGCAUUCGAGAACUAUCUGACCUCAUUGCCUCCUUGCCGAUUGCUAAUUAUAGCCUGUUGCGCGCUCUCACAGCCCAUCUCAUCCUCAUCGUUCAAAACUCAACGGUGAACAAGAUGACGAUGCGUAACGUCGGCAUCGUCUUCAGCCCUACGCUUGGGAUUCCUGCGGGCGUGUUUAGUUUGAUGUUGGGCGAGUUCAAUCGCGUUUUCAAUGUCGACGCUGGACAGGGUGAUGAGGACAAUACUGGGGAGCUGAGUCGCAGGAACAGUCGACAGUAUUCGGACGCUGCUGCUGAUGAGUUGCUGGGUUUGUCUGGAAGGAGUUUGAAUCCACCUUCCGAAGGAACUCCCUCAGAAGAUGGUGACAGUAUUUCCCUUCAUUAUGAAAGUGGGAACGAUACUACCGAGGAUGCAACCGUCGAGUCGAACCUAACUCAGUCGAGUGCUCACCUAUCUUCGAGUCACCACCAUCCACAAGAUUCGCAACAGAGUGCCGAUCUGCUCUCGCCCCUCCAAUCUGAAGGAAUUUCGUUAGAACAGCGGUCACGAGCGUCCAAUGUUGCCGCCAAUCGUGGCCUGAACAUUCAAGUUGGCAAAAAAGGCAACAGACACAGUCGUAUGAUAGGCCUUCCCGCGUCAGCCCGGUUACCAGUCGAUUCACCACGUUCUCCUAUACCUUCGCCGAUGCACACGGCAAGACAGAGCUGAUAACCUUCGCAUCCAUGACCGUUGUAACUUUACCCUGCAUUCGAGAUCAUGGACUACAUUUACUUAUCUCAGUCAUCUUCAUCUGUUUUUAUCUAUACCCGUCUCAUAUGUUGUUGGUCCGCCAACGUUGUUGAUUUUUUUUUUUACUUGAGUUCGAAAUAACGAUGGACAUGCUGAAAUGUCAAAUAAUGUAUUCGGGGGCUGUUUGUAAUUAUUUGUACUACUUAUGUAUGCAGCACAUGACCGCGACAA